UCUCCCUCUCGGGAAGCAGUGAAAGUGCUUUGGCGGUUUGUCCAUCUGCAGCUUUGGGUUUCCAGUCCCGUGGCCCUCCCAGCCACCCCUUCCCCGGAAUCCCCUCCCCGACCCCUUGCUCAAAGCCCGGCAGAGACUCUCGGAGUGCGCCAACACACUCAGCUUGCCACUCAACCUGGCCGACUGGUUUUAAGGGGUGUGGCAGGAGGUUUUGGACUCGAUGAGUUUCCACCGAAAUGUCGGAGAAGUCAGGCCAGAGUACAAAAGCGAAGGAUGGGAAAAAGUAUGCAACACUCAGUUUAUUUAAUACUUACAAGGGAAAAUCAUUAGAAACUCAGAAAACCACAGUAGCAGCUCGACAUGGAUUACAAAGUCUUGGAAAAGUUGGUAUUUCACGGCGUAUGCCACCACCUGCUAACCUCCCCAGUCUCAAAGCAGAAAACAAAGGCAACGAUCCCAAUGUGAAUAUUGUGCCUAAAGAUGGUACAGGAUGGGCCUCAAAACAAGAGCAACAUGAAGAAGAAAAACCACCAGAAGUUCCACCAGCACAGCCAAAACCUGGGGUUGCGGCUCCCCCAGAAGUAACACCUGCUCCCAAAUCAUGGGCCAGUAACAAGCAAGGUGGGCAAGGAGAUGGAAUCCAGGUGAACAGUCAUUUUCAGCAAGAAUUUCCCAGCCUGCAGGCAGCUGGGGAUCAGGAAAAAAAGGAAAAAGAAGCAAAUGAUGAUAAUUAUGGCCCUGGACCAAGUUUACGCCCACCAAAUGUUGCUUGUUGGAGAGAUGGUGGUAAGUCUGCUGGCUCAUCUUCAACAUCUGAUCAAGAUGAAAAAUUACCUGGUCAGGAUGAAAGCACAGCUGGAACAUCAGAACAAAAUGAUAUCCUCAAAGUGGUGGAAAAGAGGAUAGCUUGUGGUCCUCCACAGGCUAAGCUAAAUGGACAGCAGCCCGCCCUUGCUUCCCAGUACAGAGCUAUGAUGCCUCCUUAUAUGUUUCAGCAGUACCCAAGGAUGGCUUAUCCUCCACUACACGGUCCCAUGAGGUUCCCACCUUCUUUAUCCGAAACAAACAAAGGUGUUCGAGGAAGAGGCCCACCUCCUUCAUGGGCUGCUGAGCCUGAACGUCCCUCUAUCCUUAGUGCAUCAGAACUGAAGGAGCUUGAUAAAUUUGAUAACCUAGAUGCUGAAGCUGAUGAAGGUUGGGCAGGUGCACAGAUGGAAGUAGAUUAUACAGAACAGUUGAAUUUCAGUGAUGAUGAUGAGCAAGGAAGUAGUAGUCCUAAAGAAAACAGCAGUGAGGAUCAAGUUGCAAAAGCCUCUGAAAACACUGAAAACCGAAAAGAAGCAGAUGAAGUUUGCAACACUAAAUCAUCUCCUCAGAUUCCUGCCCAACCUUCAGUGGCAAAAGGUCCUUAUGGGAAAGGUCCUUCGUUUAAUCAGGAGCGAGGACCAUCUUCACACUUGCCACCACCUCCAAAGUUGCUUGCACAGCAGCAUCUUCCUCCAGACCGGCAGACAGGAUCUGGAAGACCAGGCCCUUUUCCCCCCAAACAGCAAGUUCCUGAUGAUGAUGAAAUAUGGAAGCAAAGAAGACGACAACAAUCAGAACUUUCUGCAGCAGUAGAACGUGCUCGUAAACGCCGGGAAGAGGAAGAACGAAGAAUGGAAGAACAAAGGAAGGCAGCAUGUGCAGAGAAACUGAAAAAGUUAGAUGAGAAACUUGGCAUCGUGGACAAACAGCCUUCUCUAGAGGAAAUUAGAGAAAGGGAGCGAGAAAAAGAACGAGAACGCGAGAAAGAACUUGAAAAAGAGCAAGAACGGGAACGAGAGAAGGAGCGGGAAAAAGAAAGGGAGAGACAGGAAAAGGAGAAAGAACUGGAGAGGGAACAAGAAAAACAACAAGAAAUAGAGAAGGAAAGAAAGCAAGAAAAUGAGAAAGAACUUGAACGACUGCAGGAAAAGGACAAAGAAGUACAAAAAGUGAAAGAACAGGAAAAGGAAUGUGAGUUGGAGAAGGAAAGGGAGAAAGUGGAGGAAAAAACAGAACACAAAGAGCCUGCUUUAGAGCCUGUGGUAGAAAAACCAGAAAGUGAAAACCACAUUAAAGAAGAUGACCCAGUUUUCACUAGACAAGACAGUAGUCGCAGUGAAAAAGAGACGACGCAAGUGGCCCAUGAAGUGGAACCAGAGUCAGGCUCUCAGCCCCGGCCUGCUGUGCUAUCUGGCUAUUUUAAACAGUUCCAGAAGUCUUUACCGCCACGAUUCCAGCGGCAACAGGAGCAGAUGAAACAGCAGCAGUGGCAACAGCAGCAGCAGCAAGGUGUACUUCCACAAGCUGUUCCUUCGCAACCAUCUAGUGGUGCUGUGCCUCCUCCACCACACAGACCUCUUUACCAGGCCAUGCAGCCUCACCCUCAGCAUUUGGCAUCUAUGGGUUUUGAUCCACGGUGGUUGAUGAUGCAGUCAUACAUGGAUCCUCGAAUGAUGUCAGGAAGACCAGCUAUGGACAUUCCUCCCAUUCAUCCCGGGAUGAUUCCUCCAAAGCCAUUAAUGAGAAGAGACCAGAUAGAAGGGUCACCAAACAGUUCAGAGUCAUUUGAGCAUAUAACUCGAUCUGCAAGAGAUCAUACAAUUUCUCUCUCUGAACCUCGUAUGAUCUGGGGGUCAGAUCCCUAUUCUCAUACUGAGCCUCCGCAAACCAGUGCUCCCAAAGCAACAGAAGAAUCUGAGGAUGUGAGGCCUGAGGCCCCACUGGAUCAGGAGCAGGUUACUACUGCUUAUCCUGUGGAACAUAAUCAAUUAGAGACUCAUUCGAAAACAGACUUUGUCAGAGAAUCAAGUGAGACAGAAGUGCAAAAGUUUUUAAGCAGAUCUGUGGAAGACAUUAGACCUCAUCAUACUGACACAAAUAAUCAGUCUACUUGUUUUGAUGUACCUGAUCAAAAGACUGUCUCCACUCCUCAAGAAGAGCGGAUUUCAGGUGGAGAAAGUCAGCCUGUCAGGAAAAGAAGUGUUUCCCAUGGUUCUAACCAUACUCAAAAAUCAGAGGAGCAAAGAAAUGAUCCCUCGGUAAGCAUUCCUAAAGUGACCAGCAGAUGCUUUGAAUCAAAAGAACCAAUAGAACGACCCGAGGAAAAACCAAAAAAGGAUGGGUUCAUAAGAUCAGAAGGACCAAAACCUGAGAAACUGUAUAAAUCUAAAUCAGAAACCCGGUGGGGUCCAAGACCAGGCUCCAACAGAAGAGAAGAAGGAAAUGAUAGGCCUGUGAGAAGAUCAGGUCCCAUUAAAAAACCUAUACUACGAGAUAUGAAAGAAGAACGAGAACAGAGGAAAGAGAAAGAAGGAGAAAAGUCAGAAAAGGUCACAGAAAAAGUUGUGAAACCCGAAAAGACAGAAAAGAAAGACCCCCUUCCUCCACCCCCACCACCUGCAGCACCAGUCCAGCCACAGUCAAUUCUACCAACACCUCAACCAGAGGUAGAAAAGCCUCCUUCAAUGGAAACUACAUCUUUGGCACAAAAGCCACCUCAGGAUACUGAGAAGUCCUUGGAACCUGUGAGUAAUCCUGAGGUAGAACCUGUAGCUAAAACUGUAAACCAGCAGACUGUCACAGCACCAACAGUCAAAGAUGAAAAGCAGCCUGAGAAAGUCAUUGGCAAAGAUCUUAUUACAGAGAGACCUCGACCAGAUUCAAGACCAGCAAUUAAAAAAGAAUCAACCUUACCCCCUAGGACCUAUUGGAGAGAAACUAGAGAUAGAGAUUGGUUUCCAGACCAAGGAUAUCGAGGUCGGGGUCGAGGGGAAUAUUACUCUAGGGGUCGAAGCUACAGAGGUUCUUAUGGAGGACGUGGCCGGGGGGGUAGAGGACAUACUCGAGAUUAUCCUCAAUACAGAGACAAUAAGCCCCGAACAGAACACGUUCCCUCAGGACCACUCAGACAGCGAGAAGAAAGUGAAACCCGAAGUGAGAGCUCUGAUUUUGAAGUUGUUCCCAAAAGAAGACGACAGCGAGGUUCAGAGACUGACACAGACAGUGAAAUUCAUGAAAGUGCAAGUGACAAGGAUAGUUUAAGCAAAGGUAAACUUCCUAAAAGAGAAGAACGGUCUGAAAACAAAAAAUCUGUAAAACCUCAGUCUUCUUUCAAGCCUGAAAAUCAUGUCCGAGUAGAUAAUAGACCUCUAGAAAAACCUUACGUACGGGAUGAUGAUAAAUCUAAACCAGGCUUCCUUCCUAAAGGAGAGCCUACCAGGCGAGGCAGAGGGGGGACAUUCAGACGUGGUGGAAGAGACCCUGGAGGUCGCCCAACACGACCUUCCACACUACGAAGACCAGCUUAUCGGGACAAUCAGUGGAACCCACGGCAGACGGAAGUGCCUAAAACAGAUGAUGGUGAGCCACCAAGGAGACAUGAGCAGUUUAUUCCUAUACCAGCAGAUAAACGGCCUCCAAAAUUUGAACGAAAGUUUGACCCAACUAGAGAAAGGCCCCGAAGACAACGGCCUACCCGACCACCACGCCAAGAUAAGCCUCCCCGAUUUAGAAGACUAAGAGAAAGGGAGGCCGCUUCUAAAACCAGUGAGGUAGCAGUACCCACAACUGGUGUGGUAAACAAUGUGGUUCCAGAGCCAGUUAAUACUACUGGGGAUAUUUCUGGGAAUAAGACUCCAGACUUGUCAAAUCAAAACUCUUCAGAUCAGGCAAAUGAAGAAUGGGAAACAGCUUCUGAAAGCAGUGAUUUCAAUGAGAGACGUGAGAGGGAUGAAAAAAAAAAUGCCGAUUUGAAUACACAGGCAGUUGUAAAGGCUGGAGAGAAUGUUUUACCCGCAAAGAGGGAAAUAGCCAAGAGAAGUUUUUCUAGUCAGAGACCUGGUGUAGAUCGUCAGAACCGACGUGGUAACAGUGGACCACCUAAAUCCGGGAGGAAUUUUUCAGGUCCUCGGAAUGAAAGGAGAAGUGGCCCACCAUCAAAAAGUGGAAAGAGAGGGCCAUUUGAUGACCAGUCUGCAGGUAAUACUAGUGUUGAUCCUGUCAAUGGCAGCUCUGCUCACCAUCAGGAAGGAACACCUAAUAGUACAGGACAAAAGAACCCCAAAGAUCCUGCUGGGAAAAAAAGAGAAGAUCCCAAACCAGGACCUAAAAAACCCAAAGAGAAAGUAGAUGCACUCUCACAAUUUGAUCUCAACAAUUAUGCAAGUGUUGUUAUAAUUGAUGACCAUCCUGAAGUAACAGUAGUUGAAGAUCCUCAGUCAAAUUUGAAUGAUGAUGGUUUUACUGAGGUAGUAUCCAAAAAACAACAAAAACGAUUACAGGAUGAGGAACGUCGGAAAAAGGAAGAACAAAUCAUACAGGUCUGGAACAAAAAGAAUAAUGCAAAUGAAAAAGGAAGAAGUCAAAGUUCUAAGCUUCCACCAAGAUUUGCCAAAAAACAGGUUAUAGGGAUCCAGCAAACUCAGUCUCCAGCCUUAGUACCAGCUUCGACCUCAACUUCUACUCCACCUUCAACCUCAACCUCAGCCCCAGCCUCAGCCUCAACCCCUGUUCCAGUUCUAACAUCACCCUCAGCCCCAGUUCUAACCUCAGCCACAGCUCCUGUUCUAGCCUCCACCUCAGUACUAGUUUCAACCCCCACUUCAACUCCUGUGCCAGCCUCCACCUCAGCACCAGCCACAACCCCUUCUUCAGCUCCAGCUCCAACUCCCAUCCUUGCUUCAGCUUCAAUUCCAGCCUCUGCCCCCAUUCUUGCCUCAGCCCUGGCACCAACUUCCUCUCCAGCUCCAGCCCUGACUGUCUCAGCUCCAACUACCCCUGCUGUCUCAGCCCCAACAGCUCUUUCCUCGGUCCCACCUGCUCCAACAUCCACUGCCCCAGCUUCAGUCCCAUCCCCAAUCCCAGCUUCAGCCACAGCCCCCAUCCCAUCCCCUGUUCCUACACCAGCUCCCACAACCCCAGCCCACACUCAAGGACAGACUCAUAAAUCAGCCCAGAGUACACUGCAGACUUCAUCACAGUCUUCAAAACAGCCACCACCUUCCAUUAGACUACCUUCAGCUCAAACACCUAACGGCACUGAUUAUGCAGCCACAGGAAAAUCCCUUCAGAGCUCACAGUCACACAGCACUCUUGCAACUGAAUUAUGGGAUAACAAGGUGCCCCCCCCAACUGUGCUGAAUGACAUCUCUAAGAAAUUAGGUCCCAUUAGUCCACCACAGCCACCCUCAGUCAGUGCCUGGAAUAAACCCCUAACAUCAUUUGGAUCAGCUACUUCAACAGAGGGAACAAAGAAUGGUCAGGAAAGUGGAGUUGAACUUGGAAUUGAAACAAUUCAGUUUGGUGCUCCAGCUUCAAAUGGGAAUGAAAAUGAAAUUGUUCCCGUACUUUCGGACAAAACUGCUGACAAAGUACCUGAACCUAAAGAACAACGGCAGAAGCAGCCACGAGCAGGCCCUAUCAAAGCCCAAAAGCUUCCAGAUCUGAGUCCAGUAGAAAACAAAGAGCAUAAACCAGGCCCUAUUGGAAAGGAACGUUCAUUAAAAAAUAGAAAAGUAAAAGAUGCUCAACAGGUAGAGCCAGAAGGACAAGAGAAACCAAGCCCUGCUCCUGUCAGAAGUGCAGAUCCUGUGACAACAAAGGAAACCAAAGCAGUUCCAGAAAUGUCUACAGAAAUCGGAACGAUGAUUUCAGUGUCAUCUGCAGAAUAUGGCAGUAAUACAAAGGAGUCUGUAACAGACUAUACUACACCUUCUUCUCUGCCUAACACUGUGUCUACUAAUAAUGCAAAGAUGGAGGAUACUUUGGUUAAUAAUGUGCCCCUGCCCAACACCCUUCCCCUCCCUAAGAGGGAGACUAUACAACAGAGCUCCAGCCUAACUUCAGUUCCUCCCACUACUUUCAGCCUCACCUUCAAGAUGGAGUCUGCACGCAAAGCAUGGGAGAAUUCUCCAAAUGUAAGAGAAAAGGGGUCCCCAGUAACUUCCACAGCACCUCCAAUUGCAAGUGGAGUGAGCAGUAGUGCCAGUGGGCCUACCACUGCUAAUUACAACUCAUUCUCAAGUGCGUCAGUGCCUCAGAUUCCUGUUGCUUCCGUCACUCCCACAACAUCACUGUCAGGAGCUGGUACAUAUACUACCUCUUCUUUAAGUACAAAAUCUACAACCACAUCAGACCCUCCUAAUAUUUGUAAAGUGAAACCCCAGCAAUUACAAACAAGCAACCUGCCUUCUGCAAGUCAUUUUUCACAAUUAAGCUGUAUGCCUUCUCUCAUUGCCCAGCAACAACAGAGUCCACAAGUCUAUGUUUCUCAGUCUGCUGCAGCUCAAAUUCCUGCUUUCUAUAUGGACACAAGUCACUUAUUUAAUACUCAGCAUGCACGAUUGGCCCCACCAUCAUUGGCUCAGCAACAAGGCUUCCAACCAGGUCUUUCUCAGCCAACUUCAGUUCAGCAGAUUCCAAUCCCAAUUUAUGCACCACUGCAAGGACAACAUCAAGCCCAACUCAGUUUGGGUGCUGGACCUGCUGUUUCUCAGGCUCAGGAAUUAUUCAGUUCUUCACUACAACCAUAUAGGUCGCAGCCAGCCUUUAUGCAAAGCAGUCUAUCCCAGCCAUCUGUAGUGCUUUCUGGUACUGCCAUCCACAACUUUCCAGCUGUCCAACACCAGGAACUUGCCAAGGCACAAUCAGGUCUUGCCUUUCAACAGACUUCAAGCACUCAGCCUAUCCCUAUAUUGUAUGAACAUCAGCUGGGUCAGGCAUCUGGACUAGGAGGUUCCCAACUGAUUGAUACACACCUUCUCCAGGCUAGAGCAAAUCUUACCCAGGCUUCAAAUCUUUAUUCUGGACAAGUACAACAGCCUGGUCAGACAAAUUUUUAUAACACUGCCCAGUCACCAAGUGCUCUCCAGCAGGUAAACUAUGGCAUGGUUACAGUACCUUUACCAGCAUCCCAACUUUCCUUGCCUAGUUUUGGAUCCACAGGACAGCCUUUAAUUGCUUUGCCUCAGACUCUUCAGCCCCCAUUACAGCACACCACCCCACAAGCCCAGGCCCAGAGCCUGAGUCGUCCUGCACAAGUGAGCCAGCCUUUCAGAGGAUUAAUCCCUGCUGGAACUCAGCAUGGCAUGAUUGCAACCACAGGAAAAAUGUCUGAAAUGGAAUUAAAAGCCUUUGGAAGUGGCAUUGAUAUAAAACCAGGCACACCUCCAAUCAGCGGUAGAAGCACCACAUCUACAUCUAGUCCUUUCCGGGCUACUUCCACAAGUCCGAACAGCCAGUCCAGCAAAAUGAACAGCAUUGUCUAUCAGAAGCAGUUCCAGUCAGCCCCUGCCACUGUGAGAAUGACACAACCAUUUCCUACACAGUUUGCACCCCAGAUUCUCUCUCAACCUAACCUGGUCCCUCCAUUGGUAAGAGCCCCACAUACUAACACCUUCCCAGCGCCUGUUCAGAGGCCACCAAUGGCACUGGCCAAUCAGAUGCCUCCUCCGCUGACCACAGGCCUCAUGAGCCAUGCUCGUUUGCCACAUGUAGCCAGGGGUCCUUGUGGAUCACUAUCUGGAGUCAGAGGUAAUCAGGCCCAGGCUGCGUUGAAGGCUGAACAAGACAUGAAGGCAAAACAGAGAGCAGAGGUUCUUCAGUCCACGCAACGGUUCUUCUCUGAACAACAACAGAGCAAACAGAUAGGAGGCAAAGCCCAGAAAGUGGACAGUGAUUCAAGUAAACCUCCUGAAACACUGACUGACCCUCCUGGUGUCUGUCAGGAAAAAGUAGAAGAAAAGCCACCCCCUGCGGCCACCAUAGCCACCAAACCUGUUAGAACUGGACCAAUCAAACCUCAGGCCAUCAAAACCGAAGAAACAAAAUCUUAAAGGCUGUGGAUUAUUGCAGGGGGCGGGGUGGGGGGAAGGGGAAGAGGGAGACUGAAGUCAGAUAAUGCCAGCAGCCAGAGGGGUCAAACGGCCUGUGACAUCCUGUCCAGAGCUUGGAGAUGCACAAGAGACAUAGGAGCAAUUUACACUGACACAGCCGCUGCACGAGUGCAGUGAGGCUUUGCAAGCUUGCACCCACUAUAUAACAUGCACUCUGAUGGCCAGCAUUUUCAGCCAAAAUUUCUAUACAGAUAAUAUGCACAAAUGCCUUCGGUGCAUAUGAUUUAGAAUUAAAAUCCUUUUGGUUAGUUGAAAUAUCAGAAACAUGCAAAAAGUAACACUGCAGAGGAAUAGCUCGGCAUGAACAGUAUGGCUAAUACUCCAGAUGUGGUUUCUUGCUCCCCUGUGUUUUUUGGAUAUAGUUAUAGCAUUUGUAGGCUUGGUGGUGAAGAACUGAAGAUAACUGGUGCUGGAUAGAGGAGCCUUAUUUUUAUUAUGGCAGCUUGCUAUUUUUGUAACAUGGUGAUUGAGUUGAACACAAUCAAAGUACAGUAACUGAUCUCCCCUUCUCCCUGGACGAGUGAGCGAUGAUGAAUUACUGACGUCAGCAUCCUUGAACAUACCCACGUGGGCAGUGUUUGCCUACUGCUUCUGUUUGAAAUGAUGCUGUGUUUUGGUUGUGGCCCAAAGCUUUUGAAGUGCUACUUGACAUCUCCUUUCUUCCAUGGAGCUCUUAGCAUUCUCACAAGACAGAUUUGGUAAAAUAAUAGGUUGAGUCUUGCUUGCCUCCACUCGGUCAUCUUUGUAUGAAUCCAGUGGUUGGGGAGUUUUGGUUUUCUUUUUUCUUUUGUUUUUUUAAAUGGUAACGGUUUUUAGCUGAUGUUCAUGAAGAGCAGUGAGUACCGCUAAUGAAAGGAAAUCCUAUCUGAAAGGUGCAUUUCUUUACCAGAGCUGUGUCAUAAUAUUCUUUGGGCCCUCUGCUGGAAUGGUAGAAUCAAGUCUCAAAUAAUGCCUUUUUAAUUGUAUCCUCUAGUAUUAUAGAUGUAGGACAGUACUGUAUCAUACCUCUGUGAAUGUAAAAUACCUUGUACCUGCUUUAUGAUACGUAGUAGUGACCGUGCUUUAUCAGAGCUGUUUUUAAUGAUGUUAUUCUAGAAUGUUUUCUUUUCAGAUGAUGAUUGAGAAGCUAAUUAAAAAAUGGUGCCAGGUACCAUAACAGUAACAGAAUAUUGCUGUUUUCUGGGGUUUUGUUUUUUACCUUUUCUUUUUCUUUUUCUUUUUUUUUAAUGGAGUGUGCUGGAUGUCUCUAUAAUUUUGUUCAGAUGACUGCAGAACCUGGAAAAGCUGUUGCUGCUAUUGAUGCAUAACAUACUGCUAUUGGUCUUUUUAUAUAAAUAAAUAAAUAUAUAUAUAUAUACAUAUAUAUAUAAUUUGAAUUUUUGGAAAUUAGCUGUGCUGUCAACUUUGGAAAUAAGUAUCCCAGUUGUACCGUGUUGGGUUGGCAUUGUACAGAAAUUAACAGCCAUAUUGGUCUAGAUACGUUAAACAUAAUUUUUUUCCAUUUGUACAGGGGUAACACACUGUAUUAAAUAUGUAAGGUCUUAUCUACAUGGGUUUGAUUACAGAAACUAAUAAAGUAUUCUCUAAAU